AUGAAGUUCUCAACUAAUUUUGAAUUUUGGUACCAAAUUAAAGCAAUGACUAUUAGGAAUAUACUUAUUAAACGAAGAGAAACUAAAAAAACAUUGUCCGUGAGUACAUUUAACAAUAAUAAUAAAUAAACAUAUUAUAUAAGUAGGUACCUAGUUUGCUAAUUAAAAUAAUUAUACAGGAAAUUGCUAUUCCGGUAUACACUUUGGGACUUUUGGUAGCUAUAAAAUGGUUAAUUCCUAAUCCUAAUUUUCCACCAGUACCAGAACCUCAAGAAUCACCUGACAUGUACAAUUAUUUUUAUAGAAAUAUAACUGUAGCACCAUCAACAAAACAUUUACAGGUAAAUCUUACAACAGUCUAAAUUGUUAGUACCUAUAUAAGAUUGAUUGUUAAUGAUUGUUAAUAUUAAAUAAUAUGAAAUUAUGAAACUUUUUCUAGAUUUUUUUAGACAAAAUGAAUGAAAUUUGGAUGAGACGAGACGGGGAAAAAAUUAAUUUUGACGUUUACAAAAAAAAAGAAGAUAUUUUUGAAAUACAAAGAAAUAAUCCAUCAUUGAUUUACAUAGCCUUAUUAUUUGAUGAUGAUCCUAUUCUAAAUCAAUCAAUGAGGUUGUAUUAUAUUUUCUUUUUAAUAGUUUUCAAUAGAUACUUUAAAUUAUUGUUUAUAAUUAUAAUUAGUAGGUGUAUGCUUACUUCUCUAGAUGACUUUUAGAAAAUGUAUGUAUAUAAGUAUGUAUGUAGGUAUAUAUGCAUGUACUCCGGGACAAGUUGUCUGAAGGAAUCCUUGGGAUAUGGGUUAAAAAUAUAAGUUCUAGUCCAAGGCCUGACUGAAAAUUUGUACCUAUGCCUUAAGAACAAAUUAAUUAUAAAAACUACAUAACUAGAACCAUGAAUACAAUUUUUGAGGAAGCAAAAUCAAUGUUAUUCAUACAAAACCAACAAAGAAACUAAAAAAAUUAUAAAGUUUCAAUAAAUAGUUCAUAAACGUCAGAAUAUUUUGAAAGUUAUAUCACAUCACAUUUAGGAAGUUUGAGUUAUUUCACUCCUAUUUUUUAGAUUAAAACUCUCCUGGUCUGUCAAACAAAAAUUUCCCGGUCUGAAAUAUUAUCCUGGUUCUCCCUUGCAUGUACUAUACAGGGUAAUUUUUUUUAUCAUGAACCAGCAUUAUCUUUGAGGAUUUUAAAUGAAUUUGAUUUCUGUUUUUUUUCUCUUUGUGGAAAAAUUUAAGCUUUAUUUUAAAACCAUUUUUAAUUAUUUAUCCCUACUUUAUAUACCUUAAAUUAGUACAAACUUUUGUUUUUCAAAUAGGACCACCCCUUUUAUGGACACAGAUUCGAAUAGAAAACAUUUUUUCUGAAAUGUUUGUAUGCAUAACACUAAUAUUAAAUUUACCAUAAUUUAGAUUUAAAACAGUUUAAAGUUUAGACCCGAGGAGUAGGAAAGGGUAAUAAAUUGUGUAUUUAUUUUUAAAUCAUAAAUUGAUUACUCUUUCUUGCGUCAAUCUAAACUUUAAAUGGUUUUAACUCAUAAACAGUAAAUCUGAUUUUAGUGCUAUGCAUACAAACAUUUCUAAACAAAUAUUAUUUUUCUAAUCUGUGUCCAAAAAGAGAUGUUCUUCUUGAAAAUCAAAAGUAUUUACUUAUUUAAGGUACAUGGAGUAGGGGUAAAAAUUAAAAAUGAUUUUAAAAUAAAGCUUAAACAAUUCUACAAUGAUUAAAAAAACAAAAACAAAUUCACUUAAAAUCACUUUGUAUAUAUAUAUAUAUACAUAUAUGCUAAAUUUGUAUACUAAUUUGUUUAUUUUGAUGUUAUCUUUUUAAAGAUAUGAGAUCCGAUCUAAUCCAUUUUAUGAUUCAUCACCAACACCAUCCAAACUUUAUGGAUCUAGUCAUCAAUGUCGAAAAGUAUCAGCUAAUAAAUUAACAAAAAAAUUUCUUUAUCGACAUCACCAUAAUAGUGAAGAAAAAAAUGAAGAAAUAUUAUGUCCAGCAAUUCAUUACAUAUACUCUGGAUUUAUAGCUCUACAAACUUUAGUUGAUUUUACUAAAAUAGCUUUAGUGUAUAACUCAUCUAUAACGUUACCAAAUUAUCGUUUCGUACUUUUUCCCAAGCCAGCUUAUACAGCAAGUGAGAUUAAAUUUUUAAAAUAUUAUAUUUACAUAAUUCUAUUAAGAGGAAAAUAUUAUUUACAGAUUGGUUAAUGGUAUUUCAUAUGGUUAUUCCUCUUUAUGUAGUGAUUGCUUUAUCACAAUUCAUUACAUAUCUUUUAGUCCAAUUAGUUGGUGAAAAAGAAAAAAAAAUUAAAGAAGGUAUGAAAAUAAUGGGUCUUCAAGAAUUAGUAUUUUGGUGCUCAUGGUUCAACAUCUAUGUAGCUUAUACAGUUGUAUUGUCAUUAGCUAGUACCAUCAUACUAUAUUUAUUAGGAGUUUUCAAUAAUACUAACUGGAUAUUAAUAUUUUUGCUUGUUUUGCUGUAUUCAAUUACAGUCAUUUUAUUCAGUUUUAUGAUUUCUCCAUUUUUUGAUAAAUCAAGAGUAAGUAGGUGGUAUGUAAUUAUGAGAAUCAGGGAUGUAGGUUUGAUAAUUUAAAAGUCUAAGUAAAUGCUAAAACCAUCCAUAGUUUAUAUCAUUAUUUAUUAUAAAUGUAGGUAUAUAUUACAGGCAAAGUAGGCUAAAGUUUACAUUGUAUACAAUUCCCAAAUCUAAUCAGGAACAAAAUACCUUACUGGAUACCUAACAUAAAAAAAAAUUAAAUUUAAAUAUAAAAUUAUCCAAUGAAAUGUUAGGUAUAUACUAUUGAAGAAUUUAUAUUAUUACCUAUCUGAGGGUGGUUUAACACGAAUAAAAUUAAUAUUAUUAAUUAUAUUAAAUUAUAGUAAUUUUAAUUAUUAAUAAAACGUAUUUCUUUUUUUAAAUUUUAUUUUUGAAAGUUUAUUUUUUUAUUCAAUUUAGUAAAUAAAAUAUGUAGGUAGGUAUGGUACCUAUUACGUAAAGAUAUAAGUAUGCACUGUAUUUAAUUCACUUUGCCUAUUUAAAUACACUCAAGGUAUGAUUUGCUGAACACUCGCGUAUUGUGCCCAGUCAAUAUAGGGAAAACUGAAGAAGAUUAUUAAAACGAUCAAUUUAACAUUGCCCAAAAUGUUCGAGCAUUGUAUCACCUCCUACUUUGCCCGUAAUAUAUUUACUAUGUAAUUAUAUAAUGGGUAAUAGUUUAAUAAUUACUUAACUAAAAUCAGUUUAUACCUAGGAAAGUACCUAAUGAACUUAUCUAGCCUACAAAACUGAUCAAAACUAUAAAUAUUUAAAUACAUUUAAAAUAUAAUAUGUUAUGUAUUUUAGACAGCCGGAAUAUUAGGAAAUUUUGUGCUGAAUUUAAUAAGCCUUAUGUAUUUCUUACAUAUUUUGAUUGAUCCUUCAAGUAAACGACUAUUAUGGCUAAUAUCUUUAUUAAGUCCAUCUGGAUUUGCAUUAGCUAUAGAUAAAGCUAUGUCAAUGGACUUAGCAGAUGAAGGCCUUAAUUUUGGUAAUAUUUGGAAAGGUCCAGGAAUAUCGUUUGGUGAAAGUUUAUUAAUCAUGGUAUUUGAUGCAUUCAUCUAUGGUAUCCUAGCGUAUUAUUUUGAUAUGGUUUUACCAAGUGAAUAUGAACGAAAACAAUCUGCAUGGUUUUGUUUUAAAACAUCAUUUUGGUGUACUAAACCACUAGAAGCAAUAGAAUUUGAUGAAAUAAAUAGAUAUUCAAUCUCAAAUCCUGAUUUGGAACCAGUACCAGAGACUAUGAAAGAAUUUCGGGCUAUUCAAAUAACAAAUCUUUGCAAGUCAUUUAAAGGAUCAAAAAAAAAUGUUAUAAAUGGUAAAAAAAGUUCUAUAGACAUAUUUUUAUGAACUUAUAUCACUAUAUCAUAAUUUAAAUAUUGAUUUACAGGUAUAAAUAUGACAAUUUAUGAAGGAGAAAUAACUGCUAUCUUAGGACAUAAUGGUGCAGGAAAAACAACUUUGUUUAAUAUUCUCACUGGACUUACUGAACCAACAUCGGGAACAAUAAAAGUUUAUGGUUAUGAUGUUAGAAAUCCAUCUGAUGUAACCAAAAUUCGAAGAAUGAUUGGAGUUUGUCCCCAAUAUGAUAUUUUAUUUGAACAGCUUACUCCUAGAGAGCAUCUAAAAUUUUUUGCUACUCUUAGAGUAAGUAUGCAUUAUAUAUAAUGCCGUGAUGACGUUUAUUUAUACAUUGAAUAUAUCAUAUUAGUGUAGUACUAAAUAUAUUCUGGAAUAUGGUACUGUAUAGUACACUGUACUUAUCUUUUAUUUAUUAUUCUUAAGGGUCAAACAUCUGAAAAAAUUGAUGAUGAAGUACAGAAAAUGCUUUUAGAACUUCAUCUAACAGAUAAAGCAGAUAAUAUUAGUAAAACUUUAAGUGGAGGGCAAAAGCGAAAGUUAUCAGUUGGUAUUGCGGUAAUUGGAAAUCCAAAAAUUAUAAUACUAGAUGAACCUACUGCUGGUGUUGAUCCGCCAGCAAGAAGACAUUUGUGGUCACUUCUUCAAAAAAGAAAAAAAGGAAAGGUAAUUUUGUAUUAAAUGAAGCCUUAGAAGUAUUUUAAUAUAUUUGUAUGCAUUACAUAUAUAUAUAGGUUAUACUGCUCACUACACACUUUAUGGAUGAAGCUGACAUCUUAGCCGAUCGUAUAGCUGUAAUAUCAAAAGGAUGUGUGAGAUGUUGUGGUACAUCUAUAUUUCUUAAAAACAAAUUUGGUAUUGGAUAUCAUUUAACGUAAGUUGAUUAUUAACAAUAUUGUAUUGUUUAAUAUAUUACUUAUUAUAAUUAUUUGUCAAUGAUGUUAGGUUAAUAACAAAAUUUUAAUUAAUUACAAUUUUAAAAAUUACAUUGAAAAAGUUAUAUUUUAACUACCGAAUGUGUUAUUAUAAUUUUUAUUUUAAUAUAAUAUUAUUGAAUUAUUCAAAUUAUUAAUUCAUUUUAUAUAUUUUGUAGAUUAAUUCUUAAUAAUCAUGCCAAAGAAAAUUCUAUAGUAAAAAUGAUUAAAGAACAUGUUCCAAAUGCUGAAAGGACUAGACGACAUGGUUAUGAAUUAUCUUUUGUAUUACCUCAUGACAGUGUGAGUAAAUUCCCACCACUAUUUGGACAAAUUGAAGCAGAAAUUAGAUCUAAGACUAGUUAUUUGGGAAUUGAAAACUAUGGUGUAUCAAUGACUACAUUAGAAGAAGUAUUUUUAUAUCUUGAACAGGGACAACACGAUAAUGCUGGGAAAUUAGCAAUUGAACUAUUAAAAGGACAACCGAUGACACAUUUUAAUAGGUGAUUCAUAAUAUAUAUUAAUAAAUAAAUAUUAUUAGUAUUUAAAAUAUAAACAUAUAAAUCAAUAUUGUUUUAAAAUAAUAAAGUAAAGUUGUGGAUGUACUCAUGUAUUAUGAGAUAUUGAUUUCAUUAUAAAUGUUUUUGGCAAAAAAAUAUCAUAAAAAAAUAAAUAAAUGAAUAGUACUCACGGCUUUGCUUUAUUAUUUUAACACAUUAUAUAAUAUUCAAUUACCUACCCGUUUAUUUUUUCAUGCAAGUUUCAAAUAGGCAUUUCAUUAAAUUUUUUAUUUGUUAGUAUUGAAUAUUGCUUUAAAAUUAAAAAAAAUUGUUGAUACUGCUUGUUGAUAGGUGUGCCACUGUUGUAGGUAGGAAGUUGAAAAAGUAGGAUACAUAGUUAUUUAAUUUAAAUCUGUAAGCAAUGAUAAACUACUGUUUACAAAAAAUGAUUCUGAGCGAAGUUCAUUUAUACAUGAUUUGCAAGGCUGUAAUAUUUAUGAUUUUAUUUAAAAUCUAAUCUUAAAACAAUUAUGAAAAUAAUUAGACCUGGACAGCAAUAUUUUAUUGUAUCAUGAUUGUACCAAGAUUUAAAAGCCAAUGUUAAAAUUGAAUGCAUAUUAUAUUGAAAUUUGUAUGGAAUUGUAAAAUAUAUAUACAUUAUAUAAAAUAUACAUAUUAUAUUAUACUUUUAUGACCAUUGGGUAUAAUUUUUAAUGAACAUCCUAUUAAAUUUUAAAGCAUUUCUAUUAGGUCAAACAAUGAUAUUUUCAUAAAUAGUAUAUACCUACCAAAUAAAAACUAGACAAAUACAACUCUCGCAAAUAGAAAAUGCCUAUAAAUAACUCAAAAAUCACUCAAAUCUUUAAAUUUUACUAUGUUUAAAAAACGCAUAGACAAGUUAUCUGUCAUAAUUUCAAGUUUUUACUAUUUUUUACUGAAUUACAAUAAAAAAAAAACAAAAUUGAAAAUAAUGAAAUCAUUACCUAUAAAGUAAAUUUUACCAUUUCUAUACCUACGUUAUUUUCGGUUUUACUCAAUUGUUAAGAAAAAUGUAUGGAAAAUUAAAUAAACGACUUCCUUAAACACCAACUAAAUUAAAAAUGUAACAAAAAAGGUCUCAUUUUUCGAUUGGAGCAAUAUUUCUGGUAGGAAACAUAAACCGUUAACAUUUAAAAUAAUGAAAACACAUAACACUAUAAAUUUAUCAGUUUUCAUUUUAGGUCUUUUUCCAAUUUUUCCCAAUUAUUAUGAAAACUGCGAUAAAAAUCGAAAAACUAUCUACUUUUAAAAACAUUUAAAAUGUAAUAAACUCUUGGCAUUUUUUGAUUAAAACAUUAUUUCUGGUAGAAAGCAUAGUUUGUAAAACUUAAGAACAUUGAAAUCGGUAACAUUGUGAAUUGCGUAAAUAUUCACAGUUUUACCUAUAAUUUUGUAUCCGGUUUUUCCAAAUUAUUUUGAAAAUCAAAAAAUGCAUCAACUAGAUAAAAUUUUCUUUUAGAAAAGAUGCUACACUUGAUACUUUGAAGCAAGUUUUCUUUUUGAAAUGUUGUUUACAGACAAAAAAAAAUAUACAUCAUGUAAAUCCAAUACAUUCUUUGUUCCGCUCCGAAUCUAAUAUAAUCAUUUUUUUCACAUCAUUUAUUCAUACAUACAUUUUGUAGGUGUGGUAAUCCAAAAUAUAUUAUUAUUAUUAUUAUUAUUUUUAUCAUAAAUGUAUUUAGUUUAUUAAAUUAAUAUUUAUAAUUUAUAAUAUUAUUAUUAUUACUUUAACAGCCGAGGAUCAAUUGAUACUAUACGUAAUGUUAGUAUGAGAUCUACCAUAAUAUAUAAUCCAACUAAUUGGAACAUCAUAAUGGCUCUUUUGAAAAUGCGAACAAAACGAGUAUUACGAGACAUUCAUAAACUUUAUGUUAUGAUUUUGUUACCAGUUGUAUUUUUAGCUACUGGAAUUAUCUUGAACAAAUUAAGUCACGAGAUUGAGCCAUUAAGAAGUAUUUCUUUAAAUAAUAGUAGGUGUUUUUUUUUUUUUUAAAUCAGAAAAUUUAGUAUUACUUAAAUGUUAAUUUAUUAAAUUAUAAUAUUAGUGUUUUCAAUUAAUUAUACAAUUACAAAUGGAGACUCACAAUAAUAUAUAUUUGUAUGUAAUUUACAACAAAAUCUAAAAUUACAUUUAUUUUGCUAUACAUUGGUUUAUUAUCAGUAGUUAUAUAAUUUAAAUUUAUAUUUUGUCUACAUUUUUUUCUCUCAAAUUAGAAUAUAAGUUUUUCAAGCAGUCAUGUCAUUAAUCUUUUUCAUGUAAGUAACCAUUAUAUGAUUACAAUAAUUACAGUUGCUUCUCAUCUAAAAUGAAAUGAAAUGGAUUGACCAUUGAAUUUACCCCAAUAGACAAUACUGUAUGAUAAUAUACAAAUCUAAAAUACCAUGAACUAAUUGAAUUAUUAUUAUUAAACUAGUAAUUGUAUUAAUAAUUUAAAAUGAAUAAUUUAUAGAUGUGUACAAAGAAGAUAGUCGAUUAUUUAUAUCAAAUGAAGAACUAACCAAUUAUACAACAUUGGAAUCAGAUUUAUAUGAGGGUCCAUUUUCUGAUUUAUUAGAUUUGCCCACUCAUCUAGGAGCACUUGCUCCAUUUAAUGUGUGUUGUUCACCAACGUCACUUACAAUAUACUAUAAUGAUUCAUUUAUACACUCAUUACCAAUCAUUUUAAAUUCGGUCACAAGCACAUUACUUGGGUAAAUUGUUUUCGUUAUAGUUAUAAAUAUUGUGUGUGAACACUUUGACAUUUUAAAACAUAAUUUACUAGAUAUGUAUUAUUAAUUAAUACCAUUUAAUUUUCAACUAUAUAUGAUUUAGAAUUAAUAUAUUGCUUGUAGAUCUUUGUUUUUUUUUUUAACAUUUUAAUAUCAAUAUGUUUUACAGAAAUCAAAUUGACAUAAAAUCAGAACCAUUUAAAAUGGAAUACAAACAAAACGAGUAUAGCUUUAGUCGUUGUUCAUCGGCAUUUUUUUUGGGCAUAGUUUUUGUUCUAGUUCCUGUGAGUUUAUCUGCUGAUCUAGUCUAUGAUAGAGAGGUGAUUUAUUAACAUAUUUACUAUAAUUUGUUACACAAUUAAUAAAUUAUAAUAUUUUCUAGUAAAAUUAUUUUUAUAUUUUAUAGAUCAAAGCCAAAAACCAGCUUCGUAUCAAUGGUGUAACUUUUACACAAUAUUUCAGCUCUUAUUUCAUUCUUUUAAUUUCAAUGUUACUCAUCAUAUUCUUAAUACUUAUAUUUCUUAUUGCUUCUUUCCAUGUUGAAGGUUUAGAUACUCCAUUUGCAAUAUCUACUAUAAUAAUUUUACUGGUAGCUUAUUGUCCAACGUCAAUAUUAGCUACUGCUUGUGUAUCAUAUUUUUUUGAAAAAACUGAUUCUGUACAGUCUAUAUUACCAAAUAUGACGUCACUCAUUGGUGGUGUACCGUUUAUAAUUGUAGCUUCAUUGGACAUGCUGGGUAUUGCUAAUGAUUUGGUAUUUGCUCUUCACGUUCUAUUUUCUUCUACUAAUUUUGUCUACGUCCCUUUUGCAAUAAUUUACUUCACAAACAGUGUAUAUCGAGAAAAUGAUGAACAUGUACCUUUUAUCAAAUAUGUCAAUAAAGAAACAGUUGCAUUAUUAAUGGGUUGCAUAGGCCAGAUUCCAGCAUUAUGGAUUAUUUUAAAGGUUUUAGAUUCUAAAACAAAAAAUAAAAAAACUUCAAUUACAACUAUUGAUACCCAAGAUGAAGGCGAUAAUGAUGUACAAAUUGAGCAGAGAAAAGUAAACGAUAUUGUCAAUGAUCAGGUGGAUUGGCCAGUAAUAGUUAUUCAAGUAAUUAAUGAAGCCACAAUAAAACAUAACUAGAUAUAGGUUUAUUAGGCUACCUAUUACAUUAAAUUUUUUUAAAUUGUAUACAGAAUUUAAAAAAAGAAUUUUCUAACCCAAAUAUGAACUCUAAUAUAAAUUGCUUACUAAGAAAUAAAUGUACAAAUGAAAAUAUUGAAAGAAAACUUGCAAUUAGAAAUUUAUCACUAGCUGUAAAUACUGGUGAAGUUCUUGGAUUACUAGGUCAUAAUGGUGCAGGAAAAACUACAACUAUGCGUAUUAUCACCAUGGAGGAUAAAGAAACAUCAGGAAAAGUUAGAUAAUCAUUUUUAAACUCUAUUUUUGAUUAAGAUUUAAUAUUUUUUUGUUUAGUAAUUUAUUAAUUUUAGUAUUAAAAAUUACAUUUCUUUAAUUAUCUUAUAUUUAAGGUAUUUAUAAAGGGACAUGAUGUUCGUGAAUCUGUAGAUAUAGCAUGUAGAAUGAUUGGAUAUUGUCCUCAACAUGAUGCUCUAUGGAGUACAUUAACUAUCAGAGAACACUUACAUGUAUAUGCUAUUAUUCGAGGAAUUUCUAAGGAUCAAGUUCAAAGGUAAAUUUACAGAGUGAAAAUAUUAUAUUGUAUAUGUUUUAAAAAACUAGACUAAAAGGACUUUUGAUUUAAUAUUUUAGUCUAUAUUAGCGUAGAUUUAUUUAAUUUAAAUUAAAAUAAAAAUUAAUAAAAGGUAAUGAUUUAGUUUUUUCAUUUUUAUAAAUAACAGUUUUAAAUUUUUUGCAGUAUAUGGCUUAUUAAUUUUUUUUUUUUUCUAUCAUUUCACACUUUUCUUUUAAUUAUUUGAAUAGACUUUGUGUAAUUUUUUAAAAAAAAACCUUGUGUUUACAUUUUUUUUUUAGUAUUGUCAAUAAAUAUAUUGAGGGUCUUCAAAUAACUGACCAUGCAGACAAACAAGUGAAUUGUUGUUCAGGAGGAACAAAACGCAAACUGAGUUUUGCAUUGGCAAUGAUUGGAAACCCAAAAUUGGUACUUUUGGAUGAGCCUAGUACUGGUAUGGAUCCAAGGUCUAAAAGAUAUUUAUGGGAUGCUAUAGUUAGCAGUUUUCAAGGAUCUAAAGGUGCAAUAUUAACUACCCAUUCAAUGGAAGAAGCAGAUGCACUAUGUUCAAGAGUAGGAAUAAUGGUUAAGGGCCAACUAAGGUAAAAUAAUUUAUACCUAUAUUCUUGUUACAUAUUUAAUAAUAUUGGUUCUCAAUUUAAAUGUUUUAUAGAUGUUUGGGUUCUACUCAAUAUUUAAAAAAUCUUUAUGGUGCUGGUUAUACAUUGGAAAUAAAAUUGAAGCCUCAUGGAGACAUGGAUGAUGUUAAGAACUUUGUUGCAACAUCAUUUCCAAAUGCAAUUCUCGAUGAAGAAUUUGCCGAUCGAUUAGUUUUUGGAGUGCCUCAAACUACAGUUGAUUCUUUGGCACUUUGCUUUUUGAAUCUUGAAAAUGGUAGUCAAUUUUAUAAUUUUUAACAUUAUAUUGAUAACUAAUGGUAAUACUUAUUCACCAAUCACUGUACAAUUAAAUAUUUGUCGAAUGGUUAAAGAUACAAAAAUAUUUUCUACAUAAAAUGUUAUAGACAAUUUAAUUUUCAACAAAUUAAUUCAUGCGUAGACAUGUUAUUGGAUUAACAGUUAGUUUUAUCAGUACAGUCAAAUUAAUGUUCAUUAAUAUAAUAAUACUAGACGAAACAUUCCACACAAUGAAUUAAUUAAAUUUAAUCUUUAUAUCUUCAAACAAUUUACAAAAUUACUGAGUGAACAAUAUAUUUUUGUUUUUAUUUGUAUAAUAUAAUAGUAUAGGGUUUAUCUGAAGAAAAUAAUAUUUUUCUAAAAUCAUUACUUAAGUAAUUUUUCAAAAUAUAAACUAUUUAUUGGUCAGGGGAAUUAUCAGGGUUUCCUUAUGGGUGAAGGGGGGGCUAUGGAGGCAGCCGCCUCCCGGGUAAAGUGAACUAACAUUAGCAUUUUGCAUAGGCAUUAGUCCAGAAGUGAUUGACUAUACACUAAUAUUAUAUUGUAUGAUGAAUCUAAGUUUAAUUUAUUAUAGUUAAUAAUUAUUUAAAACAUAUUUACUAAAAAUACUUAUGUAAUUUAGAUCAAAAAUUAAUAAAAACAAUUGAAUAUUCUAUUUAACAUAGAAGUAUAAAGUGUAGUAAAGUUAUGAGUAACUUAUAAGUUAUUAAUAGCUAAAUAUAGGUAAAUGAAUUUGACUGUAACAAUAAAACUAUUGAUCCAAUGAUAUUUCUACUCAUAAUUUUAUAUAAUUUGUGUACAAAGCAAAUGUUUCAUCAUAUAUUUAACCAUUCAUAAAAUAUGUUUAAAAACCGUAAAUAUUUUUUUUCAAAUAAAUAAAAUCUUUAGUUUUUAAUUUUUUUUUUCACAAAAAACACACAUGACUUGCUUAAUUAAUGAUUUCCUUUAAAGUUCUCUCCUAAAACACUCGUUAUCUUUAUCUGUUUGCUGUUCUAACUCACUUUACUUACCAUAUUUAUAACAGCCUUAUCCAUUGCAUGCUACGCUUCUUCCUCUCUUAAUAAAUACUCCCCUUUCUUUCUCUUAUAUUAUUCUCACUAUAUAUUAUUGCUAUUUAAUUUAUCUAAUAUAAUCUUUAUGAAAGUGCCUACGGGCAUACAUUUUUGAAAUAAAAUAUAAUUAAUUUUGGAGAAAUUUGUUAAAAUUAAUAUUUAUAGAUAAUAUUAUGUUCUUUAAUAAAACAUUUAAAUGUUAUCCUAAUUGCUACAGUUUUAGAGUAAAAUUAAAAACCCAAUCACUACCAGCUAAAAGUAGUUAAUGAGAAUUUAUCAGCUACUUUUCAACCCUUUUGAGGCAGGGUAAGAGGAUGAGUCAUCAGUCAAUUUAAUCUAAAUUACUUUUUUAUAGUAUUGAAUGAAAAAUGGAGGGUUCUACCAUGAAAUUAACAUAGUUAAAAAUUAAGGACAAAAUUAAUUUUCCAAAUCCUAUUGCAAGAUUUACUAAUAAGUUAGUUAUAAUAUAUUGUGAUUUUUACAGCUAAAAAUAUGUAUGAUAUUCAAGAGUACAGCUUUAGUCAAACUACAUUAGAACAAGUAUAUUUGAAAUUUGCACAUUAUGAAGAUACAGAAAUAUUUGAUCAUAAUACAAUUUAACUGAAAUGUGUCCUCAUUCAAACUAUAUAUAUUUAAGUAAUAAUAUUUAAUAGUUUACAAAUAUAGGUAUCUAUAAGUUUUGGUUUACAUUAAAUGCAGUACUAUUAUAAAAUACACUUACCUAUACAAUUUAUAUGUAUAAUAUAUAUUUAUAAUUCAUAAUUAGUGUUUAGUAUCUACAUUAGUUAUUGAUUCAUAAAUUAUGACAGUAAACAAUAGAGGUUUAGUUAUUGUUUUUAAUUAUGUAAAUUAAAUGCACUAUAUUAUCUGAAAUACUAAAAACC